AUGCCAUCAAGUCCAAGUUUGGGUUGGGAGCGUCUUCAGAAUGUGUUUUAUCGAUCGAGACCUUGCUUUGAGCUCAAUUGCACUCCCAAUUCAGAAGUAGAUCAAAACUCCAACAAUGUUGGGUCCUUCCCGUCUUCGUUGGAAGAUUACAUGGUAUCGAUUGGUCCUUAUGCAUCUCACAUUGCUCUCUAUGAAAGAUCUGGGGCUCAUUAUGCCAAACCAACAAGAUCUAUCGACAUCUAUUUGGGGUCCGGUAACCUUGUCUGUUCACUUCCAUGGCUUGUUUCUAUUGGUGAAAUAGUGGCCUUAGGGUGGAGAUCCGAUUGCUCAUUAAUUGUGGUGAUGAGAUCGGGAAAAUGGCGUAUCUACCAUAAACUUGACGGCGAUUUUGAUGAGUAUGACUUGCAAUCUGAUGAUGAUUUGCUAGAUGUUCGGUUCUGGGAGAAUGGAUUCAUGGCCAGAUUGGCCAACAAUACUUUUACAGGUGUUCUUGAUUACGAUAAACCCAAGUCUGUGAGUCUUGAGAUGUUGGCUCCUGAAGAACAGGCGGUUGAAUUACAUGGUUGGGAUGUGAUUUCACCCAAUGCUAACCAUUCUGUCGACAUUAUGGUGGGUAUCAAUGACUCUGUUAAUCUAUUGAAGGAUAGCAAUACUUCUCUUGCGAAGGGACCCUACGAUAUCGUGUCGUUACCCCCAAAUAAGGAACUUGUGGCACUAUAUUCGCAUGAAUCAAGAGAGAUUACUAUAGCUACUGCCGAUUUGAAGAGGACUUUGAACAUUUUCAAGAGCGAUAACGAAUCAAUACCUCUACAACUGCAAUGGUGCGGUAACGAUGCGGUUAUAGUUUCAUAUAAGGAUGAAAUGAAGUUAGUGGGACCAUCAAAGGAUUCUCUAGAUUUCUAUCUAGAUUUCCCAGCCAUCCUACAUUCAGAACCUGAUGGCCUUUACUAUCUCUGCGGAAAUAAGCUUAGUUUUAUCUCCAGAGUCAAACCAGUUACCCUUGAAACGUUUAAGAUUGGUUCAACUGCACCUUCGGCCAUUCUAUUGGAUGCAAUGGACUUGUUGGAUCAACAUAGUCCCAAAGCCAACGAGAACCUAGAGAUCAUCAGUGAUUUUCUUGUUGAAGCGGUUGAUGGAUGUAUUCGAGCUGCCGCAGAAGAAUUUGAGCCGUAUUGGCAGAAAAAGCUACUUAAUGCUGCCAGUUUCGGUAAAACCACUAUUGAUUUGUAUAAUUCCGAGGAAUUUGUCGAGACCUGCAACUAUUUGAGGGUUCUAAACAUUGUCAGACAGCCAGAGAUAGGUAUGUUUAUUACCUAUACGCAGUUUCUAACACUGGGGGCCCAGAAUCUUAUAAAGAUCUUGCUUCUACAUAAGGAACAUUUCUUAUGUCUCAAACUUGCGGACUUUCUUGACUUGCCCAAAGGUGAUAUCCUUUUGAACUGGGCAGAUUGUAAAAUCAAAACUGCAGGCGAUUUGAAUGAUGAACAGUUGGCCAAUAUCAUCAUCAAAAGACUUGCCAAAAAGCGGAUCUCGUUUGCGUCGAUUGCAGAAGUUGCGUACCAAGAAGGACGAAAAGUUCUUAGUAUCAAGCUUCUAAAUGAAGAGAUUGAAACGGCAAAGUCGAUCCCAUUACUUCUUGAGAUGGAUCAAGAUGAUUAUGCGUUAGUUAAAGCAGAGGAUGACAUGGAUGUUGACUCCAUCCUUUACGUUCUCCUUACUCUUUACAACAAGUUGAACGUGGCAGAUUUCUUCAAGAUACUCGAUGGAAAGCCUAACUCUACUGGCGUGUUCAAAGCCAAUUUGGUGAAUAUGGAUCAAAAUUUAUUGUACAAUUAUUAUUAUCAGGAUGACUUUAUACCAGGACUAGCAGAGUUGGAUCUUAAAAACUUCUUUGACAAAGACUCCAAUGGAGGUUCUCUAGAAGCUAAGCGUGUGGACCUUCUUAAGGCGUCUAGAUUACUACUAAGAUCGAAAUCAACGAAUGACGACGGACAGAGAUUGAAGGACGAAGUGAAAUUGGUGGAAGCUCAAGAUAAGCUUCAUCAGGAUGAGAUCAUGCCCACAAGCAGGUAUGAACCCGUUAUGAAAACCAUUGAGAGAAUUAUCUUGGUGGAUUUACGAAAGGCCAUCCGGUUCCAGAAAACGCAUAAAGUUCCAGAUAGACAGUUCUACCAUAAAGUAGUGAAAACCUUGGCACCUAUUCCAGAGAGAAGACAUGAAUUGUACGAAUUUGCAACGUCAAAGAAGUCCCCGAUUGGUUACGAACCUUUCUAUUUGGAACUGCUUAAAGUUGGUGACAAACGACAAGCCGCUAUGUACGUAAAGCUAUGCACAGACAUCUCAUAUAAAGCCAGAGUGCACUGCUAUCUCAAGUGCGACGAUUUCAAAAGUGCUGUUGAAGAAGCAGCCAAAAAGAAGGAUUCGGAUUUGUUGGAGGCGAUCAAGUCUCUCACAGAUAAUCAGGUAUAUCUAAGGUUAAUUGACGAUAGUCUGGAAACCAUCACAGGAGCAGGACGAUUUGGCUAG